AUUGACUCACGACAUAUCGCAAGAUGAGCCGAAUCAUUCUAGCUACAGGUGCUUCUCGAGGCAUCGGAAAAGGCCUUGUAGCCCACUACCUCGCGCAACCAAACACAACCCUUAUUGCAGCAGUUCGCGACACGACAUCGCCAAAAGCGACAGACCUUGAAUCCCUCUCCAAGGGCGCCGACUCUCGCCUAAUCAUCGUCGCACUAAAAGCCGACUCCCCCACCGACGCCGAUGAAGUCGCGACCCAGCUCCAGACGCAGCACAGCAUCACCCACAUCGACAUCGUCAUCGCCUGCGCAGGGAUCUGCGACCACUGGGGCCCUAUGAGCGAGGUCGCAGACGCCGACGUAAUUGCCCACUUUGAAGUGAAUGCGUUGGGACCGCUGAGGCUGUUUCGAGCUGUUGCGCCGCUAUUGAAGGAGGCUGCCAGGCCGAAAUUUGUCUUCAUCUCGACGCUCCUCGCGAGUAUUGGCGGGAUUGGGGCAAUAGAUACGCUGACAGGGCCGUAUGGCAUGUCCAAGGCGGCCGGGAAUUAUAUGGUUCGGAAGAUUCAUGAUGAGAAUGGGCAUUUGGCGACGCUGUGUGUUGAUCCUGGGCUUGUCCAAACAGACCUGGGUGAUCGCGCGGCGCAGGCUUAUGGACUGGAACGAGCCCCGGUAACCCUUGCUGAGAGCGUUAGCGGGAUUACAGCACAGAUUGAGAAACUGGAAAAGUCGACCACAUCUGGCUCAUUCGUCAAUACCCGCGGGGAGAUCAAUGCGUGGUAGUUAAUCAGCGGGAUCACAGCAAGCUUGUUUGUACUAUUAGUGGUCUAUAGAUUUAGAUUCGGCAAAUUCUCUACUCC